UUAGUUCCCAAAAUUACAUACGAAAAUAAUAAAAAAUCUCUUUAGAUUAUAUUUUUUACUUUUUUUAAUGACAACAAAAAAUACCAAAUCUACCAACAAUGGCUUUUAGGUGAUCUUCACCCUCAACACUCCAAAAGAUUUUAUUGAGUAAUCAUCAUGCAAGUGCUUCCUUUUAGUGGUGUAAAUUACGGCGGAGAGUCUAAUAGCCCUAAUCAGGGUUCUGAAAACCCUUUUGUGUAUGAUGGAGCGUCCAAUGGUGUCACACAUGUCGAUAAUACCAAAGUAGAUAAUGCAGAAACAUCUGAUGAUGAACACUUUGGUGAACUUGAUGAAGGUCAUUAUAAUAAUAAUGAGCCAUGCCAUGAACUUGAUGUUGAUGAUUCUAACACUCGUGAUUCCGGAGUAGAUAGUUUAGAUGGUGAUACAGUUGGAAGGGAGUUUCCAGGUGGCAAUCAUGAGUGUGAGUCUUCUCGGUCUGAAGCGAAAUGGCUAGAAGAAGACCAACCCAUGGCAGUUUGGGUCAAGUGGAGGGGAAAGUGGCAAGCAGGAAUAAGAUGUGCUAGGUCUGACUGGCCAUUAUCGACUGUGAGAGCAAAGCCUACUCAUGGCAGAAAACAAUAUCUUGUAAUAUUUUUUCCCCGAAAAAGAAAUUAUUCAUGGGCAGAUGUGCUACUUCUUCGCCCAAUCAAUGAAUUUCCCGAACCUAUUGCAUAUAGAUCACAUAAAGUUGGUGUGAAGGUGGUCAAAGAUUUGACUCUUGCACGCCGGUUUGUUAUGCAAAAGAUUGCUGUUAGCAUGAUAAAUACCAUUGAACAGUUGAACAGUGAGGCUCUGACUGAGACUGCUCGUAGCGUGGCAGUGUGGAAGGAUUUCGCGUUAGAAGCUUCUAGAUGUAAAGAUUAUUUUGAUCUUGGGAAUAUGCUUCUUAAACUUGAAAAUAUGAUAUUGCAGCGUUUUAUAGAUUCUAGCUGGCUGGAACAUUCUUUAGCAACAUGGGUACAACAAUGUAAGAGUGCUCAUAGUGCCGAAUCUAUUGAAAUACUGAAGGAGGAGUUAAGUGAUGCUAUUAAUUGGAAUGAAGUGCACACCCUUCCAACUUCAUCAGUACAGCCUGAAGUCAGUUCUGAGUGGAAAACCAUGAAACCUGAGGUUAUGAAAUGGUUUUCAAUGUCGAAUCCUUCAUUCAGCAAUGGAGACAUAGAACAACAAAGCGAUGAAGUUUUUCCAAACAUGGGUCUUCAAGUCAGCAGAAAAAGGCCUAAGCUUGAAAUUCGUCGGGCCGAGGUGCAUCCUCUACCGUUGGAAACCAAGCCUGUUGAGAUUGACUCCACAUUUUUUGAUGGGACUGUUAGGGCUCCUACCAGUGAACUUUCUUUAUUGGGAACAACUGAAACUAUAGAUGGAUGGGGCGAGAUUGUAGUUGAAUCUGAAAAUAAUCAAGAGAUCCGUUUUAAAGAUUUAGAUAUGAUCCCAGUAAAUAAGAAUAAACAGUGUACGGCUUUCAUUGAAGCUAAAGGAAGAAGGUGUGUUCGAUGGGCAAAUGAUGGUGAUGUUUACUGCUGUGUACAUUUAGCGUCUCGAUUUUCCACUAAUUUAGUGAAGGCAGAUGUCAUCCUGCCUCCAACUGAUGCACAUAUGUGUGAUGGUACUACCGUUCUUGGUACUAAAUGCAAACAUCGGGCUCUACCCGGUUCUUCUUCCUGUAAAAAACACAGAUCCAACAAGGAUAUAGGGAUAUUUUCACUUUCUCCGCCUGAGAACAAACUUAAGAGAAAGAUAGAAUUUGAAUCACGAGAGCCUCCGGAGGCUAAUAAUUGCAAAGAGAUUGUGUUAUCAGGUCAUUUUGAUACUCCCGAGAUCGAGUACAAUGGGGCUGAACCUGUGCGUUGUAUAGGUGAAAAUGUUGGUUGCCAUGAAACUCCGACGAAGCAUGCUUUGUAUUGUGAGAGACACUUGCCAAACUGGCUAAAACGGGCUAGGAAUGGAAAGAGUAGGAUUGUUUCAAAAGAAGUGUAUGUAGAUCUUCUUAAAAGUUGUCAAUCAUACGAGCAAAAGUUACAUCUACAUCAAGCAUGUGAGCUCUUCUACAAGUUUUUUAAAAGUGUUCUUUCUUUAAGAAGCCCGGUUCCUAAAGAAAUCCAGCUCCAAUGGGUAAUUUCUGAAGCUUCAAAAGACAUAAAAACCCGACAUUUUUUGAUGCAGUUGGUGUGCAGUGAAAAAGAAAGAAUAACUAGGCUUUGGGGGUUUAACAGUGAUAGCAUUGCACAAAAUGAAGAAUUAGUCAAUCUUGUGACGAAUAACAAUAACAAUGACGAAAGUAUUAUUAUCAAGUGCAACAUCUGCUUGGUGGAGUUUAUUGAUGACCAAAUGCUUGCUAGACACUGGAUCGAUAAUCAUAAAAGGGAAGCACAAUCAGUGUUCAAACGCUACAUUUGUGCCAUGUGUUUUGAUUCUUUUACAGAAAAUAACCUUCUAGAAGCACAUGUUCAGGAAAGACACCAAGUUGAGUUUGUAGAGCAGUGUAUGCUUUACCAAUGUAUUCCUUGUGGUAAUCGUUUCGGGAAUCCUGACCAACUAUGGUCACAUGUGGUCUCCCAUCAUCCCUCCAAUUUCAAGCAACUGCAGAGCAUCACUCAUGGCGAUGAUUCGGUUCGAGUAGACAAUGUGAAUAAUACUGAUAAUCAAGGUGGAUUGCAAAGGUUCAUUUGUCGGUUUUGUGGGCUGAGAUUUGACUUGUUACCUGAUCUUGGUCGACACCAUCAAGCAGCUCACAUGGGUUCCAAUCCUAGUGGUCCACGUAAGAGGGGUUCAGGUUUGACUUUCUAUGCUAACAAAUUAAAACCUGGUAGAAGAUUCAAAAAGGGCACUUUUAAAUUGCUAAACACAAGUGAUGGACUUAUAAAGAAACACAUGCAAGAACCAUUUGGACAAGUUGUAGAAGGGGAAUUUCAGUCAUCUGAAGCAAUCAGUCUCGGUAGAUUAGCCGAGUCUGAAUGUUCUGAUGUUGCAAAGUUACUGUAUUCGAAAGUUACCAAAACCAAACCGCAUCCAGGUAACCUCGAGCUUCUGUCAAUAGCUCACACUGCAUGCUGCCGGACUAACUUCCACGCAUCACUGGAGAAGAAAUAUGGAAUGUUGCCUGAACGUUUGUACCUCAAAGCAGCAAAGCUUUGCAGUGAACGUAGUAUUGUAAUUGAGUGGCAUCAAGAGGGGUAUACUUGUCCUAAAGGAUGUAAAUCAGUCAAAGAUGAUUUAAAUCAUUUGCCUCCUUUGAAGGCUCUUCCAGAAUGUUCUGUGGGGCCCGUUACUGAAACACAUCCACCAUCGGAGUGGCCUAUGGAUGAGUGUCAUUAUAUCAUUAAUUUUAACAAUUCUCGACAAGAAGCUUCUGAGAGAGGUAUUGUUUUGUGCGAUGACAUCAGCUUUGGAAAGGAGUCAGUACCAAUUGCUUGUGUAGUGGAUGAACAUCUUUUAGGGUCAAUUCACAGUGAUGAUGGUCCGAGUAAUGUAUGUUUUUUGCCUUGGGAAAGCUUUACCUAUGUCACAAAGUCGUUACUUGAUCAGUCUCUUGACAUUGGAUCACAGAGUUUACAGUUAGGUUGUGGGUGUGCACAUUCGACGUGCUCUCCGAAGGCAUGUGAUCAUGUAUAUCUUUUUGAUAAUGAUUAUGAAGAUGCAAAGGAUAUAUAUGGUAAAUCCAUGAAAGGAAGGUUCCCUUACGAUGACAAAGGCCGGAUCAUCCUUGAGGAGGGGUACCUGGUAUAUGAAUGCAAUAGCAGCUGCAGCUGCAAUAAAUACUGCCAGAAUAGGGUUUUACAAAAUGGGGUUAGGGUGAAGUUGGAGAUCUUUAAAACAGAGGACAAGGGUUGGGCGGUGAGAGCUGGGGAACCAAUCUAUCGAGGCACAUUUGUUUCCGAGUAUAUCGGUGAGGUUGUAGACGAGCAUGAAGCAAAUAAAAGGCGCCAUAGGCAUGGUAUACAAGGUUGCAGUUUUAUUUAUGAGAUUGAUGCUCGUGUUAACGAUAUGGUCCGACUAAUUGAGGGAGAAGCUACGUACGCUAUUGAUGCGACCAAGUAUGGGAAUGUAUCACGUUACAUAAAUCACAGCUGCUCUCCCAAUCUUGAGAAUCAUCAAGUUCUUAUUGAAAGUUUAGAUUCCCAGACGUCGCACAUUGGUCUCUAUGCUAGUCGAGAUAUUGCAUUAGGUGAAGAAUUGAGCUUUGAUUACAUGUAUAAGGUGGCAGAUGGCGAAGGGUGCCAAUGCAGAUGUGGUGCCGUGAAUUGCAGGGGUUGGGUGAAGAGGCAGUGAUAUCAAUGCACAAGAUGUCUUUCAUGAAUCAAAUCCUGGACGUGAAUAAUCUCUCAGAUGUAGUUUUUUUUUCUUUUAGUGAAAUGUAGUUUUCGUAGAAUUUUACAUGUUUUGUCUUCAAGUUUGCUAGGAACAAGAAUUAGCUUUAGCUUUAAUAAAACCAUUGCCUAUUUUUAGUGGGUUAUUAAAUUAUUAUA